UAUCACUGAUUCCGCUUGGUGAAGAAUACGAGUGUUUACGUAGACUCUCGGUGAGGUAAUAAGCGAUUGUGCCGAUGGUCAAACCUCGUUGAGCAGCUUUCGUGCUUACCUUUACCGUUAUACAUUCAUUUCAUUUGGUGAUUGUCCGUGGUGCGCCCGUCACUGCGUCUUUCUCCUAUUAUUCCUUUGCUAAUAGGAAUCCAAUUAGUUAAAUUAGUGUUUACCGCGAGGGAUAUCCGUAACGAGCGUGUGGUGGAAUUACCUUAGUGUGUGAUAAGGUGUCGCGCGAAACGCCGGGUUUUAGGUAAACAAGUAUAUUGCGUGCCACCUCGGCACCAUGCGGUCGGCACUGCCAUAUGCCAGCUAAGUUCUCACCGGCCAACAUUAGAAACAAUCAAUAACUUUCCUUGGACCUCACAGUGAACCAUUCAGAGUGUAGCGGAACUGUUUUCAGUGAUUUUAUCUUGUGAUUUACCAUUAAGUGACUGAUGUUGAUGCAAUAUUAAUGCCAAUUGGAAGUGCUCAAAAUGGAUAAGAAACUAGAUCUCUUAUCUCUUCUUGAGACCGACACAUGGGGAGCUUCAGAUGACCUGUUGGAGAACAUAUUCUCCUUGGAGCAGGGGUCAUUGAACUUCCUCGAGGAGUCUAUGCCCGACUUCGGCCUGUGCCCAGACGCCGUCCCUCCACCGUCCCAGGCCCUGAGCAGUUCCAGCUCUGAUAGUGGAUUGUCUAGUGAUCCGGCUGAAUUUGACUUCGAGCAGCAACUCUCGCCUUUCCUUAUCCAAAACUCUUGCGAUGAAGAGGUCUCCACGGCCGGCUUGGAGCCCACUAGCCCCGGGGACGCGCAGGAGGUGGUCAUCCAAGACUCGGGAGACUCCAACGGCUCCAACGUGGAAUUCGACAUGCAGCACUUCGAGGAAAACGUUGUACCUGGCUUCAUCAAUAACAAUACAUUCCAAAGUCCCGGAAAAGGCGGGCGCAAACGCCGUCUCUCGCAAACGCCACAGGCUACUGUUCAGCCUAAAGUCCAAAAGCCGUUAAUAAAAGUGUCCGCCACGCCUAAACCUCAGCUGGUUGUCAAAGCACAACCCCAAAAACCCGUAAAAGUAUCCAACAUCCAAGUCAUAAAUCCCCAGACGAAAGUCUACUCGAAACCAGUAGAGACAGUCGCACCCCAAAGACGAGUGAUCAGAGUAGCUCCUAUGACGGGUGGUAAUCCAAGGUCGAUACUACUGCCUGUAACAAUCAAAGACAUGAAGGAUUUGAAAUCGAUAAAGAUUAUAAACGCGGCUGAUCUGAAGAAUUCUAAUUUGAAAUUGGCUGCGGCUAACCUCCUGUCGCACAGCAAGAUGCAAGAUUUCAAAGUGGAGUCGCGCAGUGAUUACGAAUACGACCGGAGCAAUUGUGACGACUCGGGGAGCGAACGGAGCGAGGAUGACGAAGCAGAUCAACGCGAAAUGAACGACGGUCGCAACGGCUAUCCCCGUCUCGUUCUAACAGCCGAGGAGAGGCGGCUGUUGGCGAAGGAAGGAAUCACUUUGCCGACGAGCUACCCCCUAACUAAACACGAGGAGAGGGAAUUAAAGAGGAUCAGGCGCAAGAUCAGGAAUAAGAUCUCUGCGCAAGAUUCUAGAAAGAGGAAGAAGGAAUAUGUUGACGGGCUUGAAGAUAGGGUCAAACAGUGCACGGCUGAGAACCAAACGCUGAUCAGAAGAAUAAAGAUACUGCAGUCGCAGAACCAGACGCUCAGCGCGCAAUUGAAGCGGCUACAGAACGUUCUAACAGGCGUGACGACAGGCUCCAGCAGCAAAUCAGCGCAGCCUGCCACCUGUCUGUUAGUUCUGCUUCUGUCCGUCGCGCUGGUGGCGCUGCCGUCGAUGCGCGAGGAGCUGCAAGCGCCGCGGCAGCACUCGCAGCCCGCACAGCGCGCCAUCACGAGAGCUCUGCUGUCCGCCACCAACAAAAUGACGCUGGACGAGACAGUGAUAGAUGACGGCGAAUUCAACAUGGAGGAGCUGAUCACGUUCAACCGCCCCCACUCCGACCACGACUACCAGGUGGUCAAGAACCUCGACACACCCAAGGUACUGUACGGAGGUUACGUAGACCUCCCCAUAGACGAAGACUGGCCGCCGAACCUGAAGAAACGCAUGAAAAAACUGGAAUUCGAUUACGAAGACGGCAAAGAUUAUUUGCCGCCGAUCGUCAAAGAAGAGAACUACGAAAACUUCUACAAAAUAGAAAAAACGCGCGACGAUGAUGUUUACAAUGAUGACAAGGGAUUGCUGACUAAUGCUCUUCUCUCCACUGGCAGAAAACUAGGCGAGCUACUCGAAGCAUUCCCUCUUAUACCCGUCAAAAAUGAGGACAUACUGGUUGAAGAAAUUUCCGAUUAUGACACCAGAAAUAUAACAGAAGUGAAAAGCUUUGUCGUCAACGGCACUUUUAAUGAAUUCUAAAUAUUUUAAUUGUAUAUUUUUUUAAUUACUCUGUACUUUUCUUGUUACAUUUCCUUUUCAGAUGAUUAUUUUUUAAUUAUUUACAAUUUUAACGUUACAUAGCCUGUUUAUACGUAUUAAGUGACAAAGUUAAUAAGUUAAUUUUAACUUUUGUCUUAGAUCGUUUACACGUGCAUUAAGUAUUUAAGUAUAAAGUUCAUAAGUGUAAUUUUCUAUGUUCUUCUCUAAUGACAUUUUAGUUAAGGCCGCGCUAACCAAUGCAAUUCGCGCGGUGCGGGAGCUACUUUUCGACUCGAUUCUAUGCUGCUUAUCCACGCAGCUAAGCUUUUUUUUGAUAACUUGAGACAUAUGAACGAUUAAGUGAAUUUUUACACGCAAUAAUUUAAUUAAUUAUCUUAUUAAUUUCGUCAUGUACGUAUAAACAGACUAUUAGAUGCAAUAAAAUUAUUACUUUAUUUUUAGGAGUUGCUAUUCCGAUAGUUAAGUUUAUUUGGAGUAUUGGCCUAUCGUUUGUAAAAGCGAAUUUUAAUAAAUAUUAAAUCAGUGAGAUUGAGAAGUAUGCUUUAUUUUAAGUAUUAUUUCAAGGAGCCUUUAGUAAGGUUUGAAUGCAUGUCGAGUAUUUAUUUGAGACUUCAAAAUUAAUAUAUAAUUAAUUCAAUACUUUAUUAUAAAUCGUGCUUUGUUAUAUAAUUUAGAGUUAAGUUUAUUAAAUGUAAGCAUUUUCACGUUACAUACUUGGUGCAAUUAUGUAAAAUCUGAUUUUGUUCAGUGUUAAAUGUUUUUUUAAGGUUCAAAUUAUAAGCUAUAUCUUGUUCCUUUACCUAUAUUUAGGUUUAGAUCGUCGCGGGAACAUUGACCUAUUUACGAAUGUUAGUUGGAAUAAAUGUGUAAGUGAUAAA